CUGAGUACCACAGAGUCUAACUGGAGAUGUCUCAGGAUUCUUAGAGUCGGCCUCGGCUCAGUGGACGUCCAAAGGCUUCGUCCCACAGAGGACGUUGGGAGCUGGUACAAUGUCUGGAUGCCAAAUUCAGUGACUUCUCUUUGUGAUUCCUGCAGUGACCACCUGCUGAGGGAGCGUCAGAAGAACAGAAGGCAGCACCGACAGUAUCUGAAACAUCUACUCACCUUCAGGCCACAGCAAUCUACAAACAGAAAGCAGAGUGCUGGUGAGAUGACCGACCUUCUGGACGAUACGGAUGGAUCAUAUCUUCUAUCUGUUUGUACUGCGUUCCUUUAGUAAAAGCAGUGUUUGCUCUUAAUGGUGCCCCUUUCGAGCCCUGGUGUGGUGGCAGGACAAGCGGAUGGAAAGACACAGACAGUGGAGUCAACAUCAUUCGGAUCUCAUGUUUACAAUACACUAACUAAUCUAAUGUGGGAUUGGUUGAUGUAAAGCAGGCUAAAGCUAGUUAGCACACAGAACAGUGUGACAACCGCCGCUCCGGUUCGGGUCACUGGGCUGCAGCAGAUCUGGAGAAAUGAUUCCUUAGUACUUUAUAUCUGCUCUGUACCUGAGAAUUACAGACCCAGUUCUCGAUCAUUUCUUGAGUUCUGAUUUAUUCUCAUUCAUGCUUUUUAUUUGUUUUAUUUACAGUGGAAGAACAUGAAGUGUGGUCGGACAUCAUUCCGUCAGCGAGUGUCAUGAUUCCCGGCUCAGACCCGGCCGAGGGCUGCCAUCUUACUGGAACAACAAGCUCAUCCUGUAUUCGUCUCUUUGCCCUCUUCGAGGCUUGACUGCUUUGUAUAAAUCAGCCCUGAGAAAGAGGUCAGUCGCAGGCUGUCAGGAACAAUUCCUGGCUUCGACUGGCAGACACUCGACAUGCAAGUAUAAAUAUGUCAGUGGGCAGAGGCCAUGACGUCUCAGCAGCCUCACACCCAGUUGAGAAUGGAGUCUUACCUAGCGUUGGCUUUGGUCUACCAGACAAUGUUUCAUAAUCCACUGGCAACACAUCAUACCCUUCUGUUUAGCUCAGGCCAGGAUGUGUGUGGCCUCGGCUUCACCUACCCUACAGAACUCCUAGCUAACUGUGCAGUGGUUCCGUCGUGCUGUUACAGCUAUAUGCUGAUGUUCUGUCAUGUGGCUAUGGUGAGCAUAGAUGAAGCACUGCUUGAAGCCUUCUCUCACUGCCUGGUGCUGUUACUGAGGAGAGAGAACGCACUGUGCCACUCUGCCAACCUGCCUACAGGUGUAACAUCUAAGUUCUGCUCUACUUUAAAAGAUGUUUUUCUGAGCCACAGCAACGUUUGCCUCAUAUCACAUCUCUGCUUUCAUGUGGUACCUUAUGCAGAACCUUCUUGGUACAGAAGUGUACUAGGGCCUUCUUUAUUUGUGUACUUUGCUGCAUCUACUGUGAAAACUAAUGGAGAACAUAUUGAUAUUGCUGUAGGAGACCACACGUGGACAGUACCAGACUUCAGCCCUGUGAUCCUUUUAGAGCACAGCUAUGCUUCAUGCAGUGACACAGAGCAGAUUGUCAUUCUCACACUGACUGGUCACAACAUCAUGGAGAUGGGCAUGAGUCUACUUCACAAGGUUCUCAGGGGGAAACAAGCAGGUUUGCAGAUACUGAUGAUAGGAGUGGGUGAGGACAGAUUUGAGUUGUUGGCACUGAAAUGGUUGCCCACACUGUCCUGGCAGCAGGCACGGGAGCCGAGCCCUGUCGAGGUCAGUGAGCGCCAGUGUCACAACAGCGUGGUUAGACUGGUAUCCUCUCCGGCCCUGGUCUGUGCCAACAAGGCAUUCAGGAUUAUGAAAAGAAUUUUAGCACAAGACUGUCCUGGAGAUCUGAGCGUACUGAUGUCGACCCCCCAAGAAAUGGCCUUCAGACAAGCCGCCAUUUACUUUACCGAGGCUCAGAUGAUUGCAGACACGCUGCUGUUCUCUGUAGGACUGCAGCUUCUUCUCACUUUGACUCUAUUUAAGCCUGAUGUCUGGAGUCAUUACUUACUCAAGAUUCAACAAAACAGCUUCACCUUAGUGGGCUUGCACAUACUUGUACUUGUACUCAACUCAGAGCUAGCAAACACACUGAUAAACAGAUCAGAACAUCAGGUUACGGAAAACAGAAAAAAGAAGUGUGAGCCUUCGGUGAGAGACUUGGAAUUGAUGUACCUGACAUCAGGACCUGUACUGGCAUUGUGCCUACAGAGGGUGAAUGCAGUUAAGAAGCUUCUGGAGUUGUUUUGUCCUGAGGAUCCAGUUCAAGCACAAAAUGUUCAAGAUGUAGGCAACAUAAUGUCCAUGCAAAUACCUUGUUUGAGAUCAGAUCCGGUAGCCGGUUUGCAACGACAACGGCCUCAAACCAUCAGUAACUUAAAAAGUAAAAACCAGCUCUUCCAGCCGCUCAUGGAGCAGUCAGGACUGAUCAGAUCCAGUUGUGUUUGUUUGUGUUCGAGUGGAAGCAGGAUGUUCAGUGCUCUCUGCCAGACCACGUGCCUGAUCAUGCCCUCGCGUGUACUCCAGCUGUGCUGUCCGCCUCUUCACCUGGACCUUCUACAGCGACUCCUGAGCUCAGGCCACCACGUGGUGGACGGGAGAAUCUGCUCACUAGAACCAACCCAAAUAACGCACUUAUCUGUGUUACUGAUGCCCAGCACUGGCAAAUCUCUUCUGCCUGAGGGACCACGUCUUGUUCUCGCUUUGCAAACGGACAACAUUGUGACUUCCUUUACUCGAAUCUUAAAAGACCGAUGUCCGUUUCGUUCCUUCACUACAGAUUCCAGCCGAUUCGGAUCCGGAUACGUGAACGAUAAAGAACUCCGCGGCUCCUUUUACAUCGACCCCAGAGUCCACUCGCCGUUUAUGAUGCACACAGCGGUGUAAAAAAAAAAAUGUCUGAUUUCUCAUCUAAUUCGUUUCAACUGAAAAUAAUUCCAUAGACAUAAAAGAAAGAAAAAAAGUGGGGGAAAAAUACAGUAAAAGGUCUUUGGUUAAAAAAAAA